AUGGGAUAUGCAGGGGUUCUAGAAGAAGCGGAGUUUUACAACAUAGCACCUCUCAUUAAGUUAGUGAAAGAGAAGAUCAAGGAGCGAGACUGUAAACCCACACAGCUUCCUACAAAACAUGUUUACCGGGUACUUCAGUGUCAGGAGGAAGAGCUGACCCAGAUGGUUUCCACCAUGUCUGAUGGCUGGAAGUUUGAACAGUUGGUCAGCAUUGGAUCUUCGUACAACUAUGGGAAUGAAGACCAGGCAGAAUUUCUGUGUGUUGUUUCCAAGGAGCUGCAUAACACCACCAAUGGGAUAAGCUGUGAACCGAGCAGGAAAGCUAAGCUUUUACAAGCAAAAGGCUCAACAAUGUAAGAGGAAGUGUUCCACCCACCUUUUCUUCCCUUUUUAUAUAAAUGAUGCGUAUCCCACUCUAUGGACGAUGUGGAACUCUACAGCAUAUCACAACACCAAAAAGCCAUAGCAGGAGACACAACCGUUUCUGCAGUUUUAUUUCUUUAUAAAUUCUCCUGUUGAUGUUAUUUGUGGAUUCUCUUUCCUCUUCGAGUUUGAGAGGACAGAUGCAGGCUCAGACCUCGCAAUCUCAAUACUGCAGCCUUCCUUGGGAAUACGUUUGUUUCUGUGUUGUUGGUUGCAGAUGGCUGGGAAUUCCUCACAAUAAAAAGGACAUCACGGUACUUUUGUACCCAAGGCAACUCUGAUGCUGGCAGGAUAAUGGCAGCUAAUUUAUUUUUUUAAAGGGGGCUUAAUUUGUGGCGGUAACACUAUUGGACUUUGCUGCUGCAUCGGGCAAAACUUUGGACACAUCAUUUUGAGGUCUGCAAUGCAUGUUAUCAGUGUAGACACCAUAGACCAAGUGAAUAUUAACAAGAUACCGUUGUGUUCUCCCCGGGUUUUGUGUUUUUUGUUUACAGAUGGUCGGGGCCAAAGCUUUGAGUAGUUGUGGUGCUGGGACUGGGGAGUGUACUUGAAAACGUUAACUUUUUAAACAAGAAUUUUUGGUACAUUUUAGCUUUAGCUAUAAUAAAGGGUAAGAUUAAUCUCUAGUGAACACUUUUUUUUAAAAAAAAAAAAUAGUUUUGAGGUGGCUGGCUGAGUGUCUAAGGAUUUAGAUUGAGCUACCAACUAUUUAAAUGUGGCAAUAGUAUUGAUAAUACAACAGUCAUUGAUAAAUAUUGUGUGGAAAUACAUUAAUAAGCCUUGAUCCUAUACUUAUUUAAUGGAAAUUUGGAAUAUGUUUUUAAUGAAAUGAGGCUGUUGAAGCCAGCAUGUUUCUUGCACAUUGGAAAGUUUUAAAAGAAAAUCUGUGAUGCUUCUUCCCCCAACCCAGAGCCAUUGUUCACACCAUCAUGAUUUAAGAUAGGGUUAAAUAAGGUCAGUUUUAGUCUGUGUGUGGUGAAGCAGAAUAUUUGGAACACUUCCACGGGCAGGAUACCACUUGUGAGAUGCUACAAGUAAAAGUGGAAGAAUGAUAUGCUGUACAUCUUCAAUGGAGAAAGAAAAUACGUAGGCUCAUCAGGGUUUGUAGAAUAAUAGGCUAAAGUCCUGAGGCAUUGAGAUUCCAUCACAUUCCACCUUUUUACCCAGCCUAAAACAACCUUUUCCUCAACUCCAAUGUGUUUUAUUAUCAAUUAAUAGAAGUGAUCAAUUACAAAUGGGAAAAGGCCCAUUUUAUUAGACCCGCUAGUUUUCUUCUCCUGGGUGUUAAUUUAAAAAGUGUCAUGCAGCCUCCGGGACAAUUCUGGAGGGUUGGCAACCUUUUUGGAGUGAAAUGCUUUUUCCAUACAUUGAGUGCAUCCACACUCUCCUCCUAUUCACCAUAUUAAUCUAUUUUGGCAUUGAGGAUGAUCAUUUCCUUAACGAGUUGAGUCGGGCAUGAGAGCAGCAAUGUUACUAGGAACUUCACCCCAUUGAAAGCCUCUUGCCUCUUUGCAAAUGUCAUGGAAGUGUUGUCAAUUAAACUGCAAUUUUGUAAAUAAGUUGGAAAUGAUAAAAAGGAUGUGAUAGUACCUGGGGAAAUAAAAGGUAAAGCUUUUGAAACAUAGCAAAAUGCUAAACAUCUUUCAGCAGUGCAGAAGCAAGAGGAUUGUCAGAGAAGUGGUGAAAACAUUUGUGAUGCAAAUAAGUUUGAAACUUGUAAGCAUAAGGGUGAUAUUCUGUUGCCAUCUGCAAAUGAGCAGGACACAAGUGAGAUUUCAGUUACGCCAAUCCCUGAAAAGUAUAAUUUAAGAUUUCAAUAUAAAUCAGACAGAAGUCUUAGAUAAGCUGCAAGGUAUUGAAUACAUUUCAUGGCAUGCGAUUGUAGACCUGCUGACUGAGCUGGUGUGUUUGGUUGCAGACAUUUCAUCACCCUGCUAGGUAACAUCAUCAGUGCGCUUCCGCUGAAGCGUUGGUGUUCUGUCCCACUUAUUAUUUAUAUACCUCUGUUUGCUGGGGUGGUUGACAUCACUUCCGGUUCUGUUUUUCAGUGGUUUGUAUAUCGGGUCCAGUUCAAUAUGUUUGUUGAUGGAGUUCCGUCGAGAACUAGAAGUAAUGCCAACUACCCCAGCAAACAGAGACACACAAAUCACAAGUGAGACAGAACAUCAACGCUUAACCAGAGGUGCACUGACGAUGUUACCUAGCAGGGUGACGAAACGUUUGCAGUCAAACGCACUGGCUCGGCGAGCAAGUUUACAACCUCGUCCACAACCCGAGCUACAAAUCUUCUCAAAAACUUUUAAGUAUUUCAUGGCACCUAUGAUAGAUAUAUUAAAGUGCUGAGGGAGAUGUGGGAGGAGAUUCUGAGGCACUGACCAUUAUGAAGGGGUUGGUGGAAUCUGGUUCUGGAGGAUACUAAUAUGUUAGAAACAGGCUAACAAAGUACCAGAAUUCAGAGGUGGUGAUAAACCGAUCCAGACAACUAGACCGAUUAGUGUUACAUCAGUGCAAAAUGAAGUUAACUUGGAUUAGCUGUGUGACAACUUGGUAAACAGCAAUUAAUAAGGCUUUUGGGGAAAACCCCAUCUCUCAAUCUCAGUUUCUUCAAGGAAAUGGCACAAGGUGAUGUGUAUUCUUAGAAUAUGAAAAGACAUGAGAGGACUACUUUUAAACUCAAAUCUAUGAAUAUUCAGGGAGUUAACCUUGAAAUAUGGUGUUUCAGAGGAGAUCUGUUGGAGGUAUUUAUGUGAUAUAUGGAAACAAUGGAAUGUAAAAGCUAAUCUGGAGUAGUAGUGUAGAAGUAGCACAGGUAUAAACUAUUAAAAAUACUGACUUUAGGAGUUCUUCAUGCACACAAUGUCAGCACUUGGAAUGGACUCCCUGUGGAGUAGUGGAAGAGAAUACCCUGGUAUCAUGGAUGCAUUGUAACAGGGUGGAUGGCUUUUCUCACCUUGUAAGUAUCUUGUGAUCCAUCUCUUUCACCAGCAGCCAUCUAUUUCUAGAAUUUUUCUGGAAAAAAUCCUGAUUGUCAAUUCAAAAGCUAAUUAGAUUGUCAGCAUUAAAAGUAGCUGGCUCUGAUUCUCCGAAGGCGAACAGUUUGUGUACUGCAGGUUUCUGUUUGAAGAGAUUACCUGAAGGGGCAACUGUUGGCACUGUUCAAGUUUUCCAGGGUUGGCUGGCUUGAGUUCUCUGAAGGGGGGGUGGGGGGGGGGGUGUACAUUUUUGGUGAGCUGUUUGAUCAAACUGGUCAUCAUCCGCAUAUCUGAGGGAACAUACGUUGCUUUAUGCUGCUGUUCUGUUUAUUCAUAACUGAGUUGAAUAAAGCUACUGGUAUCUCAAA